AUGUUACAUCUCAAACCGGAAAGAUGGAAUGUGUUAGAAGAAGAGGAGAAACUGUCUAAAAAUAUACCAGACAAGAAAUUAAAUCACAUGGCAAAAACAAAUUUACUUCGGGAAAAACAUUUGGAACUAAAAAAUAAAUUCGAUCGCUUAGACAGACUUACUGCAAAGGGACCGAACCACAGAGAUUUCAUAGAAUCCAAAGUACAAGGACUGUGGAAAAUCGCAUUGGAAGCAAAAUUCUCCUCUGAAGAAUUAGAAUCUUUAAAAGAGGAACUUUUGCACUAUGAAUCAAGGUUACUUAAACUACGACAUCUGCAUACUGAAGGAGCUUUGGAAGCAGCGCGAAAAAGGCAACUUCACGAUUUAGAUAAUUCAACUACCGAGCAACAUAUAAAAAAACAU